ACCCACCCCGGAAGAGCCAGGCGCAAUGUGCUCUCCCCGAUGACGUGUAUGGGCAGCUGUCCGAAUGCGACUACUAAAAUAAUAAUAACAAUAAUCGGGAAAUUAGCGCCGUCUCCUAGAUAAAUAAAUGCAUUUAAUUAACUGGCGAGGUGCUGCGGAACAUCUGUUUUGAGGCCGAGCUGAGCCCGGGGGGGGGGGAUCGCUGCGGGGUUUGUGCGCGAAUCUUUCCGGGCCUCGGAUCCACAUCACCGGCGAGCAAGAUAUCACUGUGACACUGUAGGAAACUGCGGUACUGUAACCGACUGUGUGCCAAAUAGAAGAAAAUGCAUAGCUGGGCUGUCAUGAAGGGAAGCCUGCAGAUUUUCAUAGAGGGCCUGGCAGUGGGUAUAGUAGCUCUCAGUCUACUGCCCUGUGCAGAAGGGGUGAUAAAGUACAAGCCGGGAGAUCAUGUGAUGCUCUACGUGAACAAAGUUGGCCCCUAUCAUAAUCCCCAGGAGACCUAUCAUUACUACACCCUGCCAGUCUGCAGGCCCAAAGAGAUACGCCACAAAUCACUGAGCUUGGGCGAGGUGCUGGACGGAGAUCGGAUGGCGGAAUCCAUGUACGACAUCCGCUUCCGUGAGAACGCCGAUAGGAAGACGCUGUGUCAGCUGACGCUCAGCGAAACCGAGGUCGAACAGCUGCAUGAGGCGAUAGAAGAGCUCUAUUAUUUUGAGUUUGUCCUAGAUGAGAUUCCCAUCUGGGGAUUUGUGGGUUACAUGGAGGAAAGUGGCUUUCUGCCUCACAGCCAUAAGGUGGGCUUGUGGACGCACCUGGACUUCAACAUCGAGUACAACGGAAACUCUGUGAUUUUCGCAAACGUGUCCGUGAAGGACGUGAAACCCGUGCCCCUGGAAGGGGGCGGCGGAGUGGGGUCCAUGUCAGGUGCCUUGGGGGGGCUGACGGUGACCCACACGUACAGUGUGCGCUGGUUUGAGAGCCCCAUCCCCCACGAGAGGCGGGCGGAGCGACUCAGGGACUACUCCUUCUUCCCAAAAACCCUGGAGAUCCACUGGUUGUCCAUCAUCAACUCUUUGGUACUGGUGGUGCUCCUGCUGGGCUUUGUCAUCAUCAUCCUCAUGAGGGUGCUGAAGAAUGACUUUGCCAGGUAUAACAUGGAAGAGGACGGCAGCUGCGAUGACUUGGACCAAAGUGACAAUGGCUGGAAGAUCAUCCACACCGACGUCUUUAGAUUCCCCCCUUACAAGAGCCUCCUCUGUGCUGUUCUAGGGGUGGGUGCUCAGUUUCUCACCCUGGCCACAGGUAUAAUCAUCAUGGCAUUAUUCGGGAUGUUUAACGUGCAUCGGCACGGCGCCAUUAACUCCGCGGCCAUCGUCUUGUACGCCCUGACCAGCUGUGUGUCUGGCUACUGCUCCUGCCGCUUCUACACGCAGAUUCAAGGGCAGCGAUGGGUCUGGAACAUCAUCCUCACCUCAUCCCUCUUCUCUGCGCCGCUCUUCCUCACCUGGAGCGUGGUGAACUCCGUGCACUGGUGCAGCGGCUCCACCCAGGCCCUGCCCGCCUCCACCGUGCUGCUGCUGCUGGCCGUCUGGGCACUGGUGGGCUUCCCGCUCACCGUCAUCGGCGGCAUCGUGGGCAAGAACGGGGCGGGCAACUUCCAGGCGCCGUGCCGCACGCGCAACAUCCCGCGGCAGAUCCCGGCGCAGCCCUGGUACAAGCACACGGCCGUGCACAUGACCAUCGGGGGCUUCCUGCCUUUCAGUGCCAUCUCCGUGGAGCUCUAUUACAUCUUCGCGACUGUGUGGGGCCGUGAGUCCUACACCCUUUACGGCAUCCUGCUGUGUGUCUUCGCCAUCCUGCUGUCGGUGGGCGCCUGCAUCUCGGUGGCGCUCACCUACUUCCUGCUGUCCGGGGAGGACUACCGCUGGUGGUGGAGGAGCGUACUGAGCACAGGUUCCACUGGCCUCUUCAUCUUCGCCUACUCGGUGUUCUACUACAGCAACCGCUCCAACAUGAGCGGCGCCGUGCAGAGCGUCGAGUUCUUCGGCUACUCGCUGCUCACGGCCCUGGUCUUCUCCCUGAUGCUGGGCACCGUCUCCUUCUGCGCCUCCCUCACCUUUAUCCGCUACAUCUACCGCAACAUCAAGAUGGACUGAAGAGCCAGUGAGAGCAGGGGGUGUCGGGCUGGUCCGGGGGGAGGAUGGGGAGGUGACUGUGUGUGUUAUCGUGGUGGGGGGUAGGCGGGAAUGCGGUGGAAAUAUGCUGGGGAUGAGAUCGCAGCGAUGCAGGGGUUUGUCCGUGCUGAAUCAGUGCAGACUGUUCAACAGCGUAACAUUGACUGUGAUUUCGAUGUAAAUAUCUUUUCAAUAAAGUCUCUUUUUAUUACAGCGCAGUAAUUUUAGUACAGAGGUUAAAAACGAUACAUUACCAAAACAGCUAAGAGCAACUCUGAUAACCCUUCAAACCGUAGGACAAAUUGUCAAAAAAACAAGUAUAUAGGAAUAGUUUUGAGAGGCCAGACAAAGCAAACCCAACCUAGCUCAGCCUAGUUUGAAUGAUUUGGCUCAGGUGAAACGCUUUGCUUUCGAAGAAAUCUCUAAUACAGCCCAAGUUUAGAUGUUGUAGAUGUCGGAGAUGGCGUCCAGCGCAGCCUAAACGAGAAGCAGAUGAAUCCAUGUUCAGGGGCCACUGGAAAGCUUUGACUCCAGCAAGGAAGAGUAUAAAAAGCUUACAAGUCUAUAUUUAUCUAUAAUUUCACAUUACAAGAAGAUGUUUAUUUUUCCCAGCCCUUUUUUCCCCUUCAAGGUCAAUGCCUUCGCUGACGUUUGUUGAAACUGCCAGCCACAAAAUUGACUUGUGGGCGAGUCCCCCUCCUUUCUGCACUUCUAAUCAAAUGUAUCAUUAAAGCUUAACUUACAAAGCAGCAGGAAACCUGAAGCCAAAAAUAGCAUGAAAACUUAAGCUCUCUGUCAUGUCCUUUAUAAAUUGGCACAACGGACGUCUAAAAUUAUGACCUUUGCCUGUAUCCAUUUCAUGGGGGGGGGGGGAGGGGGGCAGGGUGUCAUAGCUGUGUUUGCUACAGCUGAGGUCUGGCUAUUAGGCUUUGUUCAAAAGUAAUAAUUGUGAUGUUUAUUACUGUGAACUACCUUUCUCAAACUGUUGCAUCUUUAAAGGCAAACUCCAUAAUACAGGAAACCAUGACCUUUUUUUAAAGAAAAUAGUAUCCUUAAUAAAGACAUUUUAAAUGCUUAAA